UGCAGAGCGCGAGUGUUUUAGUACCGAGCGGAGAGGAGAUGCACACGGCACUCGAGUGAGCACGUGCUCAAGUGAAAUGGUGAUUGGUCAGUUGCGAACUUCUGAAGAGAACGUGAUUGGUCAGAGUCACCAUCUUGUGUGUGUGGGACGUUAAGGACCGUGUAUGCAGCUUGAUUACCUCAGCAGUUAUUUAUUUACACCAGGGGUUUCCAAGCAAGGAGACAAUGAGAGUUCACACACAUACCAGAUUCUGCUUUCUAUGCAUGCUGACCCUCCUGUUCCAUCAGUGCAGUCACUGUCACGAAGGAGGGGACCACCAUCACCACAGGCACAGCCAUGGUGACCAUGACCAUGUUAACAGUGACCUGCAGAUUUCAGAGUCAUCCUGUGAAGGUUUGCCAGACCGGUUGGUGCAUGGCAACCACGGCGAGCCUGCAGAGGAGCAACGUUACUACAUUCAGCAGUUGUUCUGUAGGUAUGGCAAGAAGGACCGUCUGGAUUUUAAAGGCUUCGAAAGUCUGCUGCUGAGUUUAGGGCUUGGCGAGGUGAAGGUUGUGGGACUGGAGCACGAAGAUUUGGGACACGAUCAUGUGGCCCACUUAGAUAUUUUAGAAGUUCAGGAAGGCCUGCACACUCAUUCCGCCAGUCAUCUUCACCCUCAUCCAAAGACCCAUAACACUCACCGACACUCCCACCAUGAGGAAGAAGAACACACCCCUGCUGGGGAGCUACCCUGCAGUACCAGACGUGGCACUGGAGAUGGGAGCACCACUGACAGUGGAUCAGAAAACCAAGAGCUUGAUCAUGCGAAAGAUGGUGAUCAUGAACACGGACACAUCCACAAACAUGACAUAGAUGGUCCUCAGACUCAAGAAUAUGACCAUGGUCAUGAUCACACACACUCGCACACACACAGUCACGAACAGAACAGGGAUGUGACAAAGCAACUGAACCAUGACCAUCAUUACCAAAAGAUUAGUGAACAUACACAUGAAAAUAAUGACCUUAGUGAAGACCAUACGCAUGACCAAAACCACAGUGAACAUGGGGACAACACCCACCAUCAUCAUGAUCACCAUCUUCACAAGCACCCCCACCCUCAUCUCCAGCACAGUCCAGACAAUGUGGACCAUACCGUGGUAACGCCUCCGCUAACACCCAUUCCGAAAGUUGCAGCUCAUGAUUUCCAGCUUUCCACACCAACUGAUCUACCCACCACACAACCCAGAGGAAACAGGAGAACAUCGAAAGGCAGAGGCCAGAGGAACCGAAGCAAGACCACCAACACUGUUACUCAAGCUAAUGGCUCAUCUGAGCCUGAGAACAGCGGAGACGACCAUGAGCACAGCAGCCAGAAUCACAGCUCUGGUCAGCCACAGAGGGCGAGAAGGGAGGUGCCAGGAGAGAUCAUGAAUCCUACUGUAAAAUCACAUGUACAUGGUGUGCUUCACCAACACGAGGAGUGUCUGAAUUUAACGCAGCUGUUGCACCAGUAUGGACUGAGCACAGAGUCUCUCAUCUCUCCAGUGCAAUUUACCUAUUUAUGUCCAGCACUGCUCUACCAGAUAGACAGACGCUACUGCAUCCUUCAUUACCAUCAUGUUGAGUCUAAUGCCCAAGAUACAGCAUCUUCAGGGUGGAUCUGGAUGUGUGGUUUUGUGUCUAUCACCAUCAUCAGUCUGCUGUCUCUACUGGGUGUGAUUCUGGUGCCCAUCCUCAACCAGUCCUGCUUCAAGUUUCUCUUGACCUUCCUGGUGGCUCUGGCUGUGGGCACCCUCAGUGGUGAUGCUUUACUGCAUCUACUGCCUCAUUCUCAGGGGGACCAUGAUCACAGUCAUGGAGGGCUCAUGGAGGAAGAACAUGAAGAGGAUCUUCUGACAAAGUUUGACGGUGUUUGGAAAGGACUGACUGCACUAGCUGGAAUCUACCUCCUCUUCAUCAUCGAGCAUUGCAUUGGCAUGUUCAAACACUACAGUGACCAAAGGGGAGGACUCUGCCAGAAGAAAAAAAAAGGAGAACAGGCAAAGAUCGGGAGUAAAUUGUCAGACCACAAACUCAACAGGCAUUCAGAUGCUGAGUGGCUCCAUCUAAAACCUUUAACAGAGGGAGAAGGUAUGGCAUUUGAAGCUGGGCACAAUGACACUCAAAUGACAGAGCUGCAGCCUUUGGAUUCAUCCAGCAAUAUGCCGCUGGCCAUCUCUGAUUCCGAACACCCCUACAAGGGGGCAGAAAAAACAGCAGAGGACAGUGGAACAAAGGCCAAGACAAAAAAGAACGGACAUGGGCAUGGGCACUCCCAUCAUGGGCACUGCCACUCUGACCAGGAGAUGAAAGAUGCAGGAAUCGCCAGCAUAGCAUGGAUGGUCAUCAUGGGAGAUGGCAUGCAUAAUUUUAGUGAUGGACUCGCCAUAGGUGCUGCUUUUAGUGCUAAUAUUACAGGAGGCAUCAGCACUUCAGUAGCUGUGUUCUGUCAUGAACUACCCCAUGAACUGGGAGACUUUGCUGUUUUAUUGAAGGCUGGAAUGUCAGUGAAGCAAGCUAUUGUGUACAACGUUCUCUCCGCUCUGAUGGCCUAUGCAGGCAUGGUGAUCGGUACAGCCGUGGGACAGUACACGUACAACGUCACCGGAUGGAUUUUCGCUGUUACUGCCGGCAUGUUUCUUUAUGUGGCAUUAGUGGACAUGUUGCCAGAGAUGCUUCAUGGUGACAGUGAAGAGCACAAGCGCUGUGAGAUGGGCCACUUCAUCCUGCAGAACUUUGGCUUGCUCACUGGGUUUGGCAUCAUGCUGCUAAUCGCUAUUUUCGAGGAUCACAUUGUGAUUGACUUUGGCUUCUAGCAGGAGACUGAGAUUGGGGGGAGGGGCAUCAUUCAUUACUACAAUCACACAUGUGCUUUGCCUUAAAGUGGCUUUGUAUUGUGAUGGAACAGUCAUGCAAGCAUGUCUCAAUAGACCGCAUCGGUGGCUUUCAUUGGAAAUGGACACGCAGAUAAACUUAUAGCCAUAGCUGGAUCUCAGAAUGCUGGAGCUUUUUCUCUUAAUAAUUUUUUAUUUGAGUAUGUGUAGUCAAACUGACUUAUCCACCAUGCAUUUCUGAGAAGCACUCAGUAUUUGGGAUGUCGCUUUUAAAGGGAUAUAUCCCACAAAAAUGUAAAUACUCUCAUCAUUUACUCUCCUUCAUCCAUGAUAUGUAUGACUUUCUUUCCUCUGUAGAACACAAAUUAAGAUUUUCACAAACUAAGAAUGUCUCAGCUCUGUAGCACCAUACAAUGCAAGUAAAUGGUGGCCAGAACUCAAAAGAAAAAAAGGCCAGAAAAAAAGUUUUGUUCUCACCCAAAACCAAUUGGAUCGCUUCAGAAGACAUUGAUUAAACCUCUAGGGUAGAGUUUUGGCCACCAUUCACUUGCAUUGUGAGGACCAACAGAGCUGAAAUAUUCUUCAAAAAAUCUUUAGUUGUGUUCUGCAGAAUGCAAAGUCACACACAUCUGGGAUGGCAUGAGGGGGAGUAAAUAAGAUUUACAAUUUUGGGUUUAAUAUCCCUUUAAUAUUGAAGUGUUGUUUUAGGAAUGUGUCCUAGAGAAAACAUCUUAAAAAAAAAAGCCCAGUUCAAUAGUCACCCAUUAAUUUGAUUGUUGAGCAUUGUGUCAUGCUUGGCUUGUUCAUUCAUUUGUAUUGUGUCUCACAAUCCAUUCGUUGUAACUGAUGUCUUGUGCCAUGUAUGUCUUGUGUGUCCACCAUUACAGUGUCUAACACAAGUCACAGAACUGUGUGCUAAAAUUGUGCAACUGAGCCCAACUGGCAUUAGCUCUGCAGAUCUGCGGGGGUGGGUGUAGGUAAUUUAUUAAGAGCUAUUGGUCAGCAUUGGAUAUCAGGACAAUUAAAACAUAAAUUUGGGUAACACUUUAUAAUAAUUUUCCAUUCGUUAACAUUAGUAAAUGCAUUAGGGAUGACGAACAAACAUUUAACAAUUACAGCAUUUAUUAAUCUUAGUUAAUAGUGCAUUAAAUAAUAUAAAAAAAUAUAACUUUUGAUUUUAAAAACUCAGUGUAUGUUGAAAUUAAUAAUAACAAAAGCAAAUAAAUGCUUUGUAAGUAUUUUACAUUGCUAGUUCAUGUUAACAAAUGGAACCUUAGUGUAAAGUGUUACCAAAUCUUUACUCUUUGCUUCAAGCAUUGACUACUUGUUUCUUUCAUUCGCUCUAUAUAUACUGUUGAUAGUGAUGGGAGUAUCCUCAGUCUUAGAAUUUCAUUUAUUUAAAUUUUCAUUUUCUGUUAUUAAUAUUAUUGGCUACUAUUGUUUUGACCAGGUGUGAAUAUUUGAAGUAGAAGUUAUGCAACAGUGUUAAGAUUAACCUCUGACACUGUGCUGCCAAAAGACAGAACACAUUCAGAACGUCAACUGAACAAGACCAGUAUUAACUUUAAUGCUAAAACACUGUGAUACUUAAAUGAAGAACAACUAGAUAAGCAUAUCGGUACAUAAAGGACUAAAUCGGUCUACUUUUUCAUUGAUAAUCAUGAUAUAGAAUAUUUUCUGAAUUAAAUACAGGUUAAUUAUACUGUAUAUCCAUAUGUUGUUGUAGAUAAUGACUAAACUUUUGAGUUUAUCUCGGACAUCAAGGUUACAGACAGUUAAUGAAGUUAAUAAUCAUCUUCCCCAAAGGAAGUAUGCUUGCUACUAAGAUUUCUUAUUUUUGUUAACCAUGUUGGCAUUUUGAAAUACCUUUGUUACUUUUUAAUUGUAUUGCUGUCAUCCGCAAGUUCCUAACUUUUUGACACUGACUAAAUAAAAAUAUUUGGAAAACCAUUCCUUAGAACCAUAAAACCAUUAUGCCAUUUUUCUUUUGACAAUCUAAACGCUCUCAUUGUUGAUACCCUCUUGUUAUUGAAAUUUCAUCACACUUCAGUUAUAUGACUUAUUUGAACUUGUAUAAGGGUCUGAUUACAAUCAAAUCUUUACAACAACUCUAUUGGUCCCCUUUAUGUUUAUCUUUUUGUUUGAGUUCUGAUUGUGCCAAAUAUGGGCUAUGGUUCUGAAUUUGUGAACAAACACUGCCUAUGCCCGUAGUCACCUCUACACAUUCCAUUGGCUGUGUUUGCUGCUUGAAUCCUCUACUCUCAAGAGUUUGUGGGGCAUGUUAUGUGAUUCAUGCUUAUCUUGUCACCAUGUGACAUCUAUUUGUUUGUUCUCUUAGGUGUAUCAUUAUUAAUUGCAUUUGUCAAAUGUACUUAAUUGGAUGAAAACCUGCAUGAGACAAAUGGAAGAAGCAAAAUGUUUUUAACAUUAAUUUCUUUAAUGAAAUGGAGAGAUGAGAACUUAUUUUUCUUCCACAGAAUUACUUAAUUUUUACAGCUUGAUUGAAAAGCAGGUGAGUUUGGGGGUCAAGUGAGCAAUCCUAAUUUCCUUGUUUUUAGAGAUUAGGUCUAAAUUCUGUUUAUCUGUAAAAUAAAGCUGUCCAUGUAGUUACAUUUUAUAUUUGAGAUGUUAAAAACAAUGAAUGAAAUGUCGCUAAAGCUAAACUACAAUUGAAAUGAAACGCAUUUGGAGGAGUGUUGUAAAGAAAUAAAAUCAAAUUAAAAAGGACCAUUCAGAUAUCAAGUCAAGAUAUCCAUUACUUGCAUUUUUGUAUUUUCAAUUUAAUCUGCCCCUUUUGUUUACUUAACUUAGAUGUUUAAGCAUCAUCAAUACGUUUGCCAUUGUUGCUGGUUGUCUGUUUCCUUUGUCAGAAGAAAAAAUAAAGUUUGCA